UGGAGAAGAGGGAAGCGGUAACAACCAAGUCUGCAUCGAAUGCCUGUCUCUAACAAUUGCCAAUGAAUUAUCUUCGAAUUCCUAUGUCUGCCAGUUGACAUAGCCUAACCUAUCACACGCACUGCACACCAGUUCUGCAAAGAAACAGGAUAUUCGCAGGCUGUGCGUUUUUUUCAGCACCUGAGCAUUACUGAGGCUGUUCACCCUACUGGAUCAUGGCACAGACCAACAGUGUGGGGAGCAAUGGAGUAGCCGAUGAAUCACCCAACAUGAUUGUAUACAGAAAGAUGGAGGACGUAAUAGCCCGCAUGCAGGAUGAGAAGAAUGGAAUUCCUAUCCGCACUGUGAAAAGUUUUUUAUCCAAGAUUCCAAGUGUUUUUUCAGGUUCUGACAUUGUACAGUGGAUGAUCAAAAACCUGAAUAUUGAAGAUCAAGUGGAGGCCCUUCACCUGGGGACCCUGAUGGCUGCCCACGGCUACUUCUUCCCCAUAUCAGACCAUGUACUCACACUGAAAGACGAUGGCACUUUCUACAGGUUUCAGACCCCCUACUUCUGGCCGUCAAACUGCUGGGAACCAGAGAAUACAGACUAUGCCGUUUACCUCUGCAAAAGAACAAUGCAAAACAAAGCUCGUCUGGAGUUGGCAGACUACGAGGCGGAGAGCUUAGCGAGGCUACAGAGAGCAUUUGCCAGAAAAUGGGAGUUCAUAUUUAUGCAAGCAGAAGCACAAGCAAAAGUUGACAAGAAAAGAGAUAAGAUUGAGAGGAAAAUUCUCGAUAGUCAAGAAAGAGCGUUUUGGGAUGUGCACAGACCAGUGCCCGGAUGUGUAAACACAACAGAAGUCGACAUAAAGAAGUCCUCCAGAAUGAAAAAUCCCCAAAAGACAAGAAAGUCAGUAUAUGGGCCUCAGAAUGAUGUGCGAACCCACAGCCCCACCCACACCCCUGCCCCAGAGGCCAAGCCAGCCACAGAGGAGCAACUACAGGACCAGAUCAAUUAUUGGGGAGGGCAAUUAGACAGACAUCGACUGAAAAUGUCCAAAGUGGCUGAGAGUUUGUUGGCCUAUACAGAGCAGUAUGUGGAAUAUGACCCCUUCAUCACGUCGACCGACCCCUCCAACCCCUGGAUCUCAGAUGACACCGCAGUAUGGGAGCUGGAGGCUAGUAAGGAGCCAGGUCAGCAGAGGGUGAAGAGGUGGGCGUUCGGCAUCAACGAGGUUCUCAAGGAUCAGGUGGGGAGGGAGCAGUUCCUCAAGUUCCUGGAAUCUGAGUUCAGCUCAGAGAACCUGAGGUUCUGGCUAGCGGUCCAGGAGGUAAAGAAGAGGCCCAUCCGGGAGGUCCCGACCCGGGUUCAGGAGAUCUGGCAGGAGUUCCUGGCCUCUGGAGCUCCCAGUGCCAUCAAUGUUGACUCAAAGAGCUAUGACAAGACCACCCAGAACGUCAAGGACCCUGGACGCUAUGCCUUUGAGGACGCACAGGAUCACAUCUUCAAGCUGAUGAAGAGUGACUCCUACAGCCGCUUCAUCCGUUCCAGUGCCUAUCAGGAGCUGCUACAGGCCAAGAAAAAGUAUGGAGGCAUUCAGGACCGCAGAACUUCAUUUGAGAAAUUCACUCGAAAUGUGAAAAGUAAGAACUUGUUUUGAAGGAUUUUACAUCCAGGGGAAAUCCCUUACAUCAAAGAGGCUGACCAACCUUGUGCCAUCAUGCUAAAAUACAGCCACUCUGCAAUAUAGAGGACCAUUUCUACGUCAUUUCUACGUCAUUUCUACAUCAUCGCCGUCUGCUUUCCACUCAGACGAUGAGCAGGGCAGUACAUCAGAUGUUGCAUGUCCAAGGAGAAGGCUUGUUAUUUCUUUUACUUGAUCUAUAUCUACUAUUGGCGAGGACAUUCAUUUUGGGGCAGGUAGGCAUUUUAGGACAGACAUUGAGACCGGAUAAUGCCUUUACAGAAAGUCAGUGUCCAGUUACUUCCACCAUAUCUGAUGGACACGCGUGUUCCUCUCCAGCUGAGCUAAUGAUGUCAGAAAUUUAAAAAAUUAAGAAACGACAGCUUAACAGUAAAAUCUAAUAAAAAAAUAUUAUUACUAUACAGUUCACGAUCUGUAAUCACACCUACUUUUGUCACGCUAAGGGAAAUGUUGUGCAGUAUGCAUAUAUAUAAAUUAUUAUGUUUAUUUUGCAUCGCUUUUAUUGCACUACAGUAAUUGGCACAGUUUUCAUUACAUGUGUAAAGUCUCAUUCAAGCUGCUGUCUGUUGUCUUCUGUAGAACGCACUUCUUUGUUACUCUCUCCUGCAUUUAUUUUUAUACCAUAUUUAAAGACACUUAAAAAUGUAUUAAAGUUGUCCCUUUAUCUGUUUUUACUGUCCUGGUAAUGAAUCAAUACAUUUUGUAAUGACUAGCAAGGAGUAGAUGAACAUACUGAUCUGGAGUCAUUGUUAUGAUUAUUCUCACUGAUCUGUCUGCUAAGGGCACAGACUGUCAUCUGCAGUUUAGGUGUUGCCACUAGAUGGUGGUAGAUUUAACAGAGCAUAACAUACAGUAGUUUUGGGUGUCCGUUAGAUUAGAACUGGUCUUCGCUUAUUUGACUAUAAUUUUAGGGAAUAAGUUGUACAUUUGCAAAAAAAGAAUGCUUUGUUUGUUGAUUUUGUUCAAAUGUGUUAUUUGUUAGCAAUUUAGACAUUUUAUUAUACUGUACAAAAUAUGCUACCACAAAAAGUAAGGGCUCUAUUCAAUCCGUAUCGAGGAAGUUCAGCGUUAGUGUGAUGGACAUUUAAAGGCAGUUUUCCCGCUUUAGCGGAGACUGCAUUCACCGUCAACGCUGCGUAUGUCUGCUCAAUCAGAAAUUACCUUUACAUUUCUAGAGCCCUGUGGGCUCGAUUCAAUCAGUAGCGCUGAAGAUCUGCUUUAUAGCGCGAUUGAAAUUGAAAGGUCAUUUUCGAUUGAGCCGACAUAUGCAGCAUUUACCGUGAAUGCAAUUUCCGCGAAAGGCAGGAACAUUGCCUAUGUCGCACUAUAUCGCACCAGAGCGUGGGUGUUCUGCCCUACGAAGUGAAUUGAGCCCUAAGGCUUAAUGGCUAAUAUCACUAACAGAGUUUUACAAAACAUAACCUUGUCAGUUCAGGUCAGUCAGUAUAUUAAAGCCAUGAGAAACCAUGACUUAAGAUAUUAGUCAUAGUAUGGACAAAGACUGAGGCUUGAAUUCAGCUGCUAUAGUUCCUGCUAUUCUCUACUGGUAGGAUCAGAUGGUAAUUGUUUAGACAGUGAAGUUUUUUUUGCGGAUGUUUCAGAUCUUUGACGGUGAAUGACAGCCAGUGUUUUUUGUCUCAGUUCCAGUUCCCAGUACAUCAUUGUCUUUCUUCUUUAUACCUAAACCAAAAUAAUGGGAAUGGCAAUUUCAAAGGGUUCUGUUGACAUGUGAGUAGGCAGGAGUAAGAAUGAUUUAUGGAUUAUGUGAUUUCACACACCCAUGUUUGGGAAAAAGGAACAAUGUGUUGUGGUCUUAUGAGAGUCUCAGAGAGAGCUGAGAUGGAUGUGUCAGAUAAAAGUUUCCUUGAACCGG